CAUUCACACUUUAACUGUGACCCCCCCACACACACACUCGACAUCUGCAGUCGCCAUGCCGUCUGCACACAUGAGAUCCUAGGUCAGUGCGCACCUGCCGUUUUUGACCUCGGUGCUCUUAGACCCCCGCCUCUUUCUCUCUGUCUCUCUCUCUCUCUUUCUCACACACACACACUUCCUCGUCGUUCACAUGUACACACGCACGCUGCACGCAUGCACACACUCAUUAAGUCUGGAUCAAUGCUGCUUUUGUGAGUCGUAAUUUCCCACGCUUGGGCGCGCGCCUGCCAGUCGCGUGGCUCCACAUUCUCCAACACCUCUACUCAUAGAUCUGAACACAGAGAGAGGGAGAGAGAGAGAGAGAGAGAGAGAGAGAGAGAGAGAGAGAGAGAGAGAGAGUGGUCUGAUAUUGUUCUUCGUCUUGUGCGCUGAUCUGUGUGUGGCAUGUCCUACAGUCAUCUAGUUCUCGUGUGGAGCAGCUGUCACACAGCGAGACUACCGGACACACCUGCAGGACACACCCGUCCACUCCUGACUGAAACAAUUUAACAAUAAUGAAGAAAAGCUCUUUCCCGUGGUGUUCAGUUAGCAGAUUAAUUUGGCAAAGUUUUCAGACUUUGCCCGUCAAUCAAAUUAGGCCUUAUAGGCUAGUGUUUCCUGCUUGUUGGGUUUGAGUUGAGUUGAUGUUCCUAAAUGCCAGUGCUUUUCAAAUGAGAAAAGAGAAAUGAGCGCAACCGAUGAUAUAUGAAGGAAUUUGCUUGUAGAUUUUUUUUUACUCUUACAUUACAUUUGGCUCUAAAAGUUUUGAAAGUGGGAAAGCAGCUAGUGUUUAUAGUUGGUAGCCUUGAUGAUUUUUUUAGUUCAUAAGCCUGGUAGCAGUAUGCGAGAGACAGUUGGCCCGUGUGUGCGACGGCCUGCAGCCUGCCGGACACCUGUCGCUGUCUCGAGGGAGACCUUCAUCUCGAUGCACAUUCAGCUGCAGCUGGCAAAUGUCGGCAUCGUGUUACACACACACACACUCACUCACUCUCUCUCGCUAGUAGUAGUUGUGUGGACAAUCCAAGCUGAGGUUGUCGCGCGGACAAUGGAGUGAGCCGUGAUUGGCUGACAGCAGUGGUGGCCAAGUAGCCUACUGUGUUUGCGCCCGCGCCAGUGCACGCCGAGACGGGAUUCAAAUGCUAAUGAGUAGAGGAACGGACUGGCGCGAGCCAUACGCAGCUAUGGGACCCUCGGCCCGUGCCCCUGGCGCAGAGGAUGGCGGCUACGGCAUCAAACACGACAGAAAGACUCGGAAGCCACUUGUGGAGAAAAGAAGACGCGCGCGCAUCAACGAGAGUUUGCAGGAGCUUCGGAUGCUGCUCACGGACAGCGAGUUAUCAGCGAAGAUGGAGAACGCAGAGGUUCUAGAGAUGACGGUGAAACAGGUGGAACAGAUUCUCCAGAGUCGCACUCAAGAGGGUGGUCAGAUGGGUGAGCGCUACGCCGCCGGGUACAUCCAGUGCAUGCACGAGGUCCACAGCUUCCUGUCCUCCUGCCCCGGACUGGACGCCACGCUGGCCGCCGAGCUGCUCAGCCACCUGCUGGAGUGCAUGCCACUGCACCGGGAAGGACUCGAGCACACACUCAACGACACACUCAGCGACACACUCACAGACACACUAAGCGACACACUGACCGAUGUGCUCGCAGACACUCUCAGCAGUGCGAUGCCAGCGCACCAGCUGACGGGCAUGGUGAUGGCGCCCCCUGCUGGCUCUGGUGAGGAAGAGGAAGAGGAGGAGAGCGGCUCAGAGGAAGAGGAUUCAGACGCCUUCCAACCUGCACCACUAGCUCAAGACAUGUGGAGGCCAUGGUAGAGGUGUGUGUGUAUGUGCGAGUGUGAGUGUGUGUGUGUGUGUGUGUGUGUACAUUACGACCUACUUAGGCGAGUGUGUAUGUCUCUGUGUAUGUGUCUGUGCAUUAGGACUCACUUGGAUGAGUGUCUGUGUGUGUGUGUGUGUGACAGUAAACAUUCCUCCCGAUGCCUUAAGAGAUACUAGCACCCAUGGGUUUAGCUCCUUUGUUAGUAUGGGCAGGUAAGAGAUGCUAAGAGAUGCUAGCACCCUGUAGUAAGAGAUGCUAUGAGAUGCUAGCACCCUGUAGUAAGAGAUGCUAAGAGAUGCUAGCACCCUGUAGUAAGAGAUGCUAUGAGAUGCUAGCACCCUGUAGUAAGAGAUGCUAAGAGAUGCUAGCACUCUGUAGUAAGAGAUGCUAAGAGAUGCUAGCACCCUGUAGUAAGAGAUGCUAAGAGAUGCUAGCACCCUGUAGUAAGAGAUGCUAAGAGAUGCUAGCACCCUGUAGUAAGAGAUGCUAAGAGAUGCUAGCACCCUGUAGUAAGAGAUGCUAUGAGAUGCUAGCACCCUGUAGUAAGAGAUGCUAGUACCCGGGGAACAUAGGGAUGACCCCCACCCUGGAGUAAAAGCUAGCACCCUGGAGUAAAAGCUAGCAUCCAUGGGUUUUAGCUCCUUUUGGUAGAGCUUCGGGCUCAGCUGUGCAGUCGGUCAAACGGACACAAUACAGUUACAUGUGCAGGAUUGACUUGGACAACUGUGUCUGUGUGUUUGUUUGCAGCACUGACUUUGAAGAGUGUGUAUGUGUGCAUUAGGUCUUACUUUGCUAUGUGUGUGUGUACACACAUUCAUUAGGCCUUAAUUUGCUGAGUGAGUGUGUGUGUGUGCAUCAGGUCCUCGACGAGUGUGCGUGUUUGGCAUUAGGUCCCCGAUAAGUGAGUGUGUGUGUGUGUGUGUGUGUCAUGCGCGCAUUAGGUCCUCAAUGAGUAUGUGUAUGUGCAUUAGACCUUACUUUCCCUAGUUUGUGUGUAUGAGUGUAUGCAUUAGGUCAGUUACUUUGGUGUGUGUGUGUGUGUGUAUUACUGACUGGAGCACAUGGGACACGGAAGCUGCUGGAAUAACAGGAAGCAUUACUGUGCAGAUGGGAUCAGCACUUGUUGCACUAAGAACAAACAUGGAGUCUUUUAGAUAGUGUAUUAUUACUGCACACACACACACACUCAUUGAAGUAACACCUAAUGCACACACACACACAGUGUAUUAUUACUGUGACUUGUUUACGUUGACGGCUUCACUAUUGUUGUUAUUAAUAUUAUUAUUGAAGGGAUAUGUCUGAGGAAUAAAGUCAUUUGAUAGUAA